CUUGUUUUGACAUAUCUGAUCACAAUUCUCAAAAAUUUUUAAAUACGCAAAAUCUUCCAGUGUGAUUUUCCGUAACCCUAAAGUUCUUAGUUUUGCAAAUUUAAUUACCAACAAUACUAUAAAUUUCCUCAUUUUAGCCAAGUUAUUCAACAAAUCUGUCAAAUGUCGGCAUUCUAACCCCAAAAUUGAGAUAAACAAAUUAAAAUGUGGCGUAAUUCUCUCCGUAUUUUGACUAAACUGCCCCAACAAAGCAAAAAACUAGCCCUCAACGCCCAUAAGUCCCCACAUUUAGCCCCUUUUCAAGACAAUGUACCCCGCCGCUUUAUCAAAACCACUCCGAAAUUAUCAAUGUUUAUUCAAACUCAAGAAACCCCAAAUCCGAAUAGUCUCAAGUUUUUGCCGGGGGUUAAAGUUCUAGAGGAGGGCCAAACUAUAGAUUUUCCCAAUGGACAAGCAGCGUAUUGUUCACCUUUAGGAAAAUUACUUUUUCGUAUAGAAGGUGUCAAAAGUGUUUUUCUAGGACCGGAAUUUAUCACUGUUACUAAAACAGACGAUGAAAUUGAAUGGAAAAUUAUCAAACCUGAAAUUUUUGCAACUAUUAUGGACUUUUUCGCUAGCGGAUUACCGGUUUUGAACGACGCAACGCCGAACGCAGACACACAAAUUAAUGAAGAUGAUAGUGAAAUUGUUCAAAUGAUUAAAGAACUAUUAGACACAAGGAUUAGACCUACUGUACAAGAAGACGGAGGUGACAUAAUUUUCAUGGGGUACGACGACGGUAUAGUUAAAUUAAAACUACAAGGGGCUUGCACUAGUUGUCCUAGUUCAAUAGUUACGCUAAAGAAUGGUGUCCAAAAUAUGCUACAAUUUUAUAUUCCUGAAGUUUUGGGGGUGGAACAAGUGCAAGAUGAGGUAGAUUUAAUCGCAGACCAAGAAUUUAGAAAGUUUGAGUCUAAAUUAAACAAAAAAUAAUUUUAGGAGUCAAAAUUGAAUAAUAAACGGUUUCGUUUAAUUGUAAAUAAGUUUGUAAAUAAACACAGUCGCCUAAA